AUGUUGGGUGAUGGUGAUGGUGCUACAGGGGUAGUUCAUGUCUCUGAUGGAGAAGAAGGUGACGAUGGAGAUGAUGAUGAUGAUGGAUCGUAUGAUGGUGCUACACCACCUUAUGAGAUGUCUGACUCAGAGCCAGUGCCAGCUACCAAUGAAGCUGUCACUGGAUCACCGCCGCCCACUCUCAGCCAGCUUUCCUCUGAAGACCCUUGUGACCCAAUUCAAGAUGCAUCGGAAGAAGAAGGAUGCAUUGUGGAAGCUUCCCAGGCAUCCAUCGAUUUCUUGAUUGCAGAGGAGGAGGAGAGUGCCAUGGAUGAGAAGGACAAGGCACAGUACCGAGAGUUCCUCAACAGUCAAGAUUCAUCUCUUGUCCCUGAUCUUCUUGCCGAUGCUGCUGUGGCCGCUGGGGGUUUGGGAGAGAAUGUUGAGAAAGAGAAGACGGAGAAGGAAAUCGCAGAGGACAAGAAACUUCCUUUGCCCAUGGAAGAGAUCCCGGUGAAGAGCAAAGAUCUUCGCAGCUCAUGCAGUUCCAAGGUCGUGGACAAUGGUGGGGGGGGCAGCUACCGAAAGGCUCAUAGCACAGCAAACCUCAAGAUUUCUGCUAGUUCCUCUAGUUUGAAGAGUCGAGCCAAGAAUGCACAAAAUUUAGCAGAACUAGAACGGGAGCUGUCUCACCUGAAGAACGCAUUGCAAUCUCUCAGUACUUCCAAGCCCAUCCUGGUUGAAGAAAGCCUCCCACCGGGUGAUGACAACAUGGACACCCUUGUCAUGCCUGAGAGUGACAUGCAGGAGAUGGCCGACCGCUUGGCUGCUGAGAUUCCAGAGGAGCCGAACUUAGAGCAUGGUGAGCCACCUGUCAUCCGUCGCAUGCAGUUGGGGCUGAAGAGGGCUACGGCCGAUGGAGACGAAUGUGAUGAUGGGCAGAAGCCUGCUGAAGUUCGACGGGGCAGGCCGAAGGCUACAGCCAAGGCGAAGGCCAAGGGGAAGGCAAAAGCUUCUCCCAAGGCCAAGGCCAAAGCCAAGGCCAAAGCAUCUGCCAAGGCUAAGGCCAAGGCAAAAGCUUUGGCAAAGGCAGGGGCCAUGGCAGAAGCUUCUCCCAUGGAAGAUGAGACUGAGCAGGCCAAUGAUCAAGGCCAUGGGCACGAAGAUGGAGAUGAACUCAGGGUGGCUUUGCCAAAGAGGAGAGCCAACAAGAGGAAGGGCGAAGUUGAACCUGUUGGAGAGGAAGCCUGUGAACCCAGUGGUUGCACUGAGAGCCCCAAGGUUCCCAAGGCAAAGGCAAAGGCAAGUGCUUCUGGCAAGAAGAAGGCAAAGCUGGUCGAGAAGAAGGAUAAGGACAAGGCCAAGAAAGAGGUGGAGGAAGAUAACAAGGAAAAGGACAACGGAAAGAUUGAGAAGAACGAGGUGAAGUUGAAGUGCUUUGCCAAGCGCAGGUCAAUGACCUCGGGUGUGAAAAGGCAUGGUCCAUGGGCUGGGGUGGAAGCGCCGCCUGUGCUGCUGGGAUUGACGGUGCUCCUCUCCCUAUCUAGCAAUGUGGAGGUCUUUCAGGAGGCCUUUGACUACGUGGAGCUGUUUGCCGGACGUGGCUGGGUCACUGGUGGCUCUCCUUUUGAUGGCCUUGCAGGCGGUGGGAGCUGCGUGGAUGGUAGAGCAACCCAUCAGCAGCCUUGCUUGGUACCAUCCCAGACUACGACGCAUCUUACGGACUUUCACAAAGGCUCCCUAACGAAGGAUCAACGAAAGGAAAUCCGUCGCACUGGGGUGAAGAGUGCAAAAGUGAAGACCAACAAGAAGGGCAAGAAAUCUUACUCGGGCACCUCAAGCCUUCGUGCUACUGGGACGUAUCCACCACACUUUGGCCUUCGCUUGGUGAAGCUUUUUCCCUUUCUUGUGGAGAACAAGUCCCCGGCCCCAGAGAUCCCUGCCUCUUUUGCCGAAAUGGAAACAAAGGAUUUCUUUGAUGGCCUGCCAUGGGGUGAUGAUGUUUGGGAGGAUGCUGACAUGGUAUCCUGCCUAGCUUAUGUUCGGGGAAAUCGUGACCUCAACAUUGGGGAAUGGCGAGAUUCCUUCCCUGAAGCGUUAACAGCCUUGGGUGAGCUGUUGAAGGCUGUUGCAUCGGAAUAUGAAAAGGCAAUUGCCUCACUGAAGCAACAGAAUGCUGAAGAUGGGGAUGCUGAGGCAACUGAAGCGGAGUUGGCAGCUGCCAGAAAGAAAUCUGCGAUGGACCCAAAGAAUCUCAAGAAGACCAAUCCCCCGAAGAAUGAUGCACGUUCAAAGGACCGUGAUGUUGCAUCUAAGAGCAAGAGUCAAACCCAUGUGGCCCCUGUCAACAAAGAUCUCAUGUCCCAGCUCGCAGCUAUGCAGAAGAAGUUGGAUGCUGCCACCAAGGGAUCUGAUUCAUCCCGGGCUUCAGUGAAGACACCAAUGAAGACACCCUCAAAUCCCAAAAGGCGUGCUCCCUCCCCAGUGACAGCCUCGGAAGGUUCUUCCGAUGCUGAUGCCUCGGGGGAGUCGGAAGAUGGUGACAAGGGUUGCGAGGGGUCAGACAAGGAACCCACUGAUGCAUUCCUGACACGUCUGGUGCGGCAAAGUGAAAGGCUGAACAAGAGCACCCGAACGAAGAAGAGACGUUGGCUCACGGAGGAGAUGAUGAGGCAAUACAUCAAAGACGUGGUGAAGUUCUGCGAAAAAAAAGGGAAUGAGUCUCUGGUCCGGAAGGACAAGUACAACCGGAAGAUCAACAAGUACCACGUUGACGUGGAGGAGGGCGACUCGGACUUGGACGAGGACAUGGAGCGAGAGAUCAAGACUUCCAGCAAGGAGAUCCAAAAAAAGGUCAAGUUCCAGGCCUUGGACCCAAAGAAGCGCAAGGGUAAGCAGGCUCCUGAGCAGGCUCCAGAAGAGUCGGAACCCGACACUGCUGACGAAGCCAACGAUGGGGCGCAGGAGUGA